AUGUGUCAAACUUUUCCUAAUUCAAGUUCCUUGCCUUAUUUUAAUUGUCAUCUUUGUCUUUUUUUGCAGGAGUGCUUUGAUCCUAUUGUUGCCAAAUCUGGACGAGAUCUUAUACCUGUUAUGGUUUAUGGGCGAAACAUCUCGGGUCAGGAAUUUGGGGGAAUGUAUUGCAUCGUUUUGACUGUAAAGUCUGUAGUUGUAUCAGCUGGUCUUCUCAGGAUUUUCGGGCAAGAGGUUGCUGAACUACCUUUGGUGGCUACAAGUAGAGAAAACCAAGGGAAAGGUUAUUUCCAGGCGUUAUUUGCAUGUAUUGAGAUGCUAUUAUCUUCCAUGCAUGUUAAAAACCUGGUUCUGCCUGCUGCUGAGGAGGCGGAAUCCAUCUGGACAAAUAAACUGGGGUUCAAAAAGAUGACUGAUGAACGAUAUCUGAAGUAUUCAAGGGACUUCCAGUUGACGGUAUUCAAGGGGACAUCAAUGUUGGAGAAGGAGGUGCAGCAGACAGCUUAUGAAUUGUAAUUCAUCUUUGUGGAGAAUGUGCAACAAGGAGCUAGAAUUGCUACAUAUCUUGCACGCACUCUCAUUCAGGAGGGAGACCUCUGUUCUACUCAAUGAUCUGAAAUGGAAGUGAAAAUAGAGAAAGAGGUGCUUCUCAUUGCAGAUCGAUCUUUUCUUUAAUAUCUAGAACAUGCAAAAUGCACCUAUGCUGAUGAGUUUUGAGUUUCAAGGCGAUUAAAUAGUAGACAAUGCAAGGUGUUUGGAGGCACAUCAAGUUGCUGGCGGACCUUGUAGCGAUCAUUCUUAGAUGCAAGGACAAGUGCAUUUCGUAUUCGUUAUUUACCACUAUGUUUUCAUAAGGUAGUCAUUGCUUUUAUAGAUUAGUUUUCAGCUGAUGUAUAAAGAGCAGCUGAGGAACUGCUCGUCGAAAGUCCUCGAGGCAUGCUGACCUUUUAUCAUGCGUGCGUGGGGCAAACGUUGUUUUUACCCCUUUCUUUUUGCAGUGGUAGUUUUCUUUUGUACAUUUCCAGUGCAUACAGAGAAAUUUUGCUAGAAAGUGGCCAACUCAAAUGUAGGAUAUAUCUUAUACGGGACCCUAUGUUUUUCCUUGAUGUGAUGCAAUGUUUGAAUAUAUGUAAUGAUUGGGUUACGAAAUUA